AUGGAUGAUAAACCUACACAGUAUGGAACGCACUUCAUCCUGGGCGUAACUCAACCAUAUUCCAAUAAUCAAAAUGAUCAAAUAUUAAUUAUCGCACUUUUUGACGCAAAUGUUACGAUCUCUUGGCAACUACCGGGAAACAAUCCUCCCAACACACUGUAUGUUAAAGCCGGAGAAACCGCCCGGUACACAAUUCCGAGGGAAUUGCGAAUAAGCUCCACAACAAUCGAAAGGAAAGGAAUAGAAGUAACUUCCAGUAAAGAUAUAUCUGUAGUGGUACUGAUAAGAGACAAUGCUCAUUCAGAUGGAUAUCUUGCCCUUCCAACAAAUACUCUUGGAAGGGAGUAUGUCGUAGCUUCUCACAGUAACCAACCAGAAUUUGCAGUUAUUUCUGGAGAAGAUCAAACGACAAUCACUAUAACACCGCCAGCGGCUGGUUCCAUUUCAUACAAUGGAAAUACAUAUAAUGGCGGACAAGCAUUUUCCAUCACUUUAAACAGGCUGCAAAUUUUUCACUUGAUAGGAAAUAAUGCUGACUUAUCUGGUACCUAUAUCACGGCAGAUAAAUCUGUGGCAGUAAUAUCUGGUGACAGAGAUGCCGCAGUAAAUUCCGCAAGCUGUGAUCACUUGGUGACUUUCUUAUUGCCAGUGAAACAUUGGGGGAAGGAGUACAUUUUGGGUACAGUGGGUACACUCAAUGUUGGAGAUGAAUUUCGAGUAUUUACGAGGGAAAAUAACAACACAAUUAAAAGCGGAAAUACAAUAAAUACUCUUGACUCUGGUGGAUUCAUACAAAUAAAACUGGACAAUUCUCCUCAUCAAUCGUACUUGACUUGCAGUAAACCAUGCCAAGUUGUACAAUACGUGCAUCAACAAAGUCGUUCAGGAAUGUAUUCAGAUGCGGCGCCAUCAAUCAUCUCAGUUCCCUCAACAAUGCAUUUCAUGCCAUCGUACCACGUUGAACUUUUAGGAGGAUCAGCAUAUCAUCAUUCAAUUACCUUGAUCAUUCAGAAAACGUUUCGAGAUGGUCUUCUCAAAGACGGAAAUCCAAUGACAGGAUUAACUUGGCGAUGUUUGAAUGAAAGGGAAUACUGUUGGACAAUCGUCACAAUUUCAGAUGACAUCUACGUUACACAUAGUGUGUCUGGAGUAAAAUUUGGUUUGCUCGUUUUUGGUGGUGCUAACGGGAUUUCAUACGGUUAUCCUGGUGGAUUUAGUUUUAAAAAAGGUACUUUUGCAACGCGAAUAGCAGUCCAUGUAUUAAAAAACACGUCUGAUAUUAAUCUACCCUAA